UCUAUAACAAUGUCUAAAUAACAUUUAAACAUGGUUUGACCUAAGUUCUUCAAGUUUCAAGUUGUAUUCAAGAAACAAGAUAAAAAUUAAAAGUUAAAAAUUACAUAAAGUUCUGUCAAUAUAUAAACCACGAUGAAACGAGCCGCUUCUGAGGAUAAAAAAUGUAGACGCAUGGAGUUCAAAUGUAAGCUGUACGACGUAAUCAAAGACCUUGAAAAAUCAUUGAACUCAGAAUGUGACAUGUCCAGUAAGAGACAAUAUGGACGCUCAGGGGGCGUCAAAGAGCAACAAAUGUUGAAAGAUAAAUAUCAGGAAAAGGGAUCGGAAUGCUGCUGCCCUCCAGGAUGCUGCAAGGAGUCGCUGAAGGUGAAACCGCCCAAGAUGUCUCUGAAGGGUCGCGGUUACGAGCAAGGUGGUGCCCAAGAACAUAACCAGAGGCAUGACGCGAUGGGACACUUACCCUGGCAUGAAGAAGACCACAAUAACGGUUGCUGGCCGGACUACACAGCUAAUCAAGGACAGAAAGGUCACUCCGCUUCUCAAUGUAGCCAGUUCCCUUCUACUCCAGAAGAAAUGGCUCGGAGAGGCUGCUUCUUCGCUGGAGCCGCGUGAAUGUUUUGUUGUCAUACGCUCAUUAAACCUCAUCGUGGUGGAUAAAACUA